GCUACCAAACCAUUAACGAAUGCACAUCAUCUCAAAAACUAAGAAGGUAGUUUUUUCAAGAUGUUUAUCAAAAUUCUUUCUGCGAUUCUUAUAUUCAACAUACAAUGCUAUGUGUUGAAAUCUAAUGCGAAAAGUGAUCAGAAUAAUAUUUUCGCCUUGUGUUCAGUGCAGAGGUGAUCUUACAGUAGAAGCAUGUCGAUCUAAUGUUGAAUUAGCCGCUAAAGAAAUAAUACGCCGUUGUCCAAGCUCCGAAGAAGCAGUUAUUACAUUCAAAGAGCUAACUAUUUUAAAAUAUUCCGCUAAAUCAUUCUUCACAAUCAUGCGGGAUAAACCAUCAUUUACUCUCCCUAAUGCAAAUUCAGUUACAAACCCGGAAGAGUUUAAUCCAGGAUUCGACAAAUUGACGAAAAAACUUUUAGCAGAGGUCACUUCUAAUGGUGUCUCUUCUUCGUCUUUUUCGACUAACAAAAAGUUGUAUGCUAUUGGAGACAUAGAGAUUACGCCCUCACAGAAAAUAUAUGGGUUGGCUCAGUGUUCUUCUGAUAUAUCAGUUAACAAUUGCACUCAAUGUCUUCGCGGAGAAAUAGAUGAUAUUCGUAAACGGUUUAGCGGGAGAGAAGGUGGCAGAGUUAUUUGUUGGAGCUGCUAUUUUAGAUAUGAGACGUUUUCUUUUUAUGAGCUCAACGCAACUUCACCACCAUUUUCCAGGGGUUAAUCCUCGACUGAUUUCGGGGGAGUUGAGUGUAUUUUAAAUCUCAGAGAUUUUGAGAGAGUUUGAGAGAGUGUAGGGAGUUUGAGAGAGUUUUGUGUUUUUGAGUUCAGGGAGUUUGGGGGAGUGUAGGGAGUUUUAGAGAGUUUAUUAGAGGGAGUUUGGGGGAGUUUGAGAGAGUUCACUCCUAACUCAUUCUCUUUUAAGAAACAAUAAACCCUUAUUUGCAAAUAACAUUGAUCUUUAAUCAAAAGAAAAAAAUAAAUGAAAAUGAUCAUAUCUCUGUA